AGCGCGAGGCCAGUAGCAAGUAACAGACUGUCAGCGAGAUAGCGCUGAAAAGAAAGACUAAUGGUAAGCCAAGCAUUAGCCAUUUAGCAAAAUUUGUACGCUGCUACCCAGUAAGUUUAGUUAGUUGUACUAUUAGUAGGAGUUUUGAGCGUUGACGGGGCAGUCAUUUUUAUAAAGCAUGAGUUGGGUCUUCCAUCAUCGUCUAGCCACCCUGUAAAAGACCCAGCAUGAGGAGCCUGUCAUUCCAGUAACAUGGACAAAUACGAAAAGGUGAAGAAAAUUGGGGAAGGCUCAUUUGGGAAGGCUAUCCUCGUCAAAUCCAGAGAGAAUGGACGCCAAUAUGUCAUCAAGGAGAUUGGCAUAUCUGGAAUGUCAAGCAAGGAGAGACAGGAAUCUCGGAGAGAGGUUGCUGUCCUUGCCAACAUGAGUCAUCCCAACAUUGUUCAGUAUAAAGAGUCUUUUGAAGAGGGGGGCUGUCUGUACAUUGUGAUGGACUACUGUGAGGGUGGAGACCUGUUUAAAAAGAUCAACACUCAGAAGGGAGUACUGUUCCCAGAAGAGCAGAUCCUGGAUUGGUUCGUGCAGAUUUGCUUGGCACUGAAGCACGUACAUGACCGCAAAAUACUUCACAGGGACAUUAAAUCACAGAAUAUAUUUUUGACCAAAGAUGGGACCAUACAGCUUGGAGACUUUGGCAUUGCUAGGGUCCUCAACAGCACUGUAGAACUGGCAAGGACAUGCAUAGGAACACCAUAUUACUUAUCCCCAGAGAUUUGCGAAAACAAACCAUACAACAACAAAAGUGAUAUUUGGGCCUUAGGGUGUGUCCUGUAUGAAAUGUGCACUCUUAAGCAUGCAUUCGAGGCUGGCAACAUGAAGAACUUGGUUCUGAAGAUUAUCCGUGGCUCUUAUCCUCCCGUGUCUGUUCACUACUCCCAAGAACUGCGCUCUCUGUUGGCGCAGCUGUUUAAACGCAACCCCCGAGAGAGGCCCUCAGUCAGCAGCAUACUGGACAAACCUUCCCUUUCCUGUAGGAUAGAAAGGUUUCUCACACCACAGAUCAUUGCUCAGGAAUUCCGCCAUACUUUUCUUCACAAGCAGCCUAAAAUGGGUAUGACGCAAGUGUCAUCAGCCCAGAAGAUUACAAAACCAGCCAGCAAAUAUGGAGUGCCUUUAACAGUGAGAAAAGUUGCAGAUGGAGCCAAAAAGCCGUCUGAGAGGAAAGCAGCUGUAAAACACAAACCGGCCCCUCUCCCAGCAGCCCCUCACAGAAGAGUGAGUCAAGUGGAGGAAGAGAGGAAAAAACCAGAGGAUGGCAUCAAAAAGAAAAGGUUGGAUCUCAUUGAAAGGAAACAGAGAGAACAGAUGUUCCUGUUGAAGGCAGAGCAAAUGAAAAGAUAUGAGAAGGAAAAGAUCAAUCGAAUAAACCAAGCCAGAGAACAAGGCUGGAAGCACGUCUUGAGUUCUAGUGGAGGUAGUAGUCCAGAAAGAAAGUGUUUUGUAAGCGGUGGUAAGAGGGCUGCGGGUGUUGGCCGCCCUGUCUCAGGCCCUCUACUGGGGCUUUCUCCAGCCCUCAUCCCCAGCAAAAGCCCACAUGAACGCUACCAUGCCGCUCUGGACCAAAUGUCUAAUAAAUCACAGCCUAAAGGAGCCAGCGGAGAGGGACCCUCAACAGGACCUGGUAGUCCCAUUCGAGGUGUACCGGCUGCUGCAGGCCCAGUGUUGCCAAACGGCCCGUCCCAUGUCCUAAACCCUGAUGCAGUUAAAAGAAAACUUCAGAGGCUGCAGCAUGUUUCAAAACAAACUCAUAUUUACCGGCAGCGUGGUCAGAUGGGAGCUGAACGCGCCUUUCAGGUUGAAGAGUUUUUACAGCGAAAGAGAGAAGCCAUGCUCAACAAAGUUCGCGCUGAAGGACAACUGGGUACUCGACAAAACCUGGCUGCAAUCUAUGGAAGCCGGACUGGUGCCAUCCGGUGCAGGCGACCCAAAGUCAACAAAGAGGAGGAGGAGUACUUGGCAAGACUCAGGCAGAUCCGCUUGCAGAACUUCAAUGAGCGUCAACAGAUCAAAGCCCGACUCAGAGGAGAGAAGUAUGACAGCGACGGCUCUGAUAGCCAGGAGUCAAGUGAAGAGGCAGAGCUCAGGAGAAAGAAGAUAGAGGCUUUAAAAGCACAAGCAAAUGCCCGUGCUGCUGUACUCAAAGAGCAGCUUGAAAAGAAGAGACGAGAAGCAUACGAGAGGGAAAAGAAAGCUUGGGAGGAGCAUCUUGCAGCUCGAGGGGUGAAGGUCGGCGUGGCAGCAGCGGCAUCGUCUACCUCGGCCUCUGACAGUCCUCUUCCUCAGCCCAGCCCGUCUCAGUCAGACCCAGCUGCCAAAGCUUCAGCCCUGCCUGCAUCCAAACCCAGCACCCCAGCUAUAUCCAUGACUGCUGCCCUGAAGAAUGUUGGGGCGAUUACUCCACCCAAAGAAAAUUUGAAUGGACCAGAAACUGCUACAGUAAUGCAGAGUGAAAAAAAGCAGAUUCUACGCAGACUUAACCAGAAUUUAAAAGCCCAGAGCCCGCUUGAGGAGGCAGAGGAGACUUCUCCAACUCCUGUAGAACCAAGUCUUGAUUCUUUGCCAAACCAGUCUGACACUGAGAAACGUCCCCCUUCAAACGGUGAUCGUAAGAAGUGGGAAGCCGCAGAGCUGCCUGUGCUUCCUGUGGCUCAGCAAACCUUAGAGGAAACCGGUGCCACAACCGGCACCACAUCAACAUCUUCAGAGGACAGACCGUCCUCUGCUGGUGACAGGAAGAAGUGGGAGGCAGGUGUUCCACUGGUCCUCUCUGUUGCCCAGCAGACUUUAGAUGAGACAUGUAUCACGACCAUCGAUCAGACAGGUGAAGUCAUACGGAUGGAUGGACCACAGGAAGAAGCUCCCAGGAAGGUCUGGGGGGCAAGUCCAGUGUGUCAGGUGCUAAGAGUGCUUCAGGAGGCAGAGCUCCAGCCCCUCACCCAGCCACUGGAGACUGUUUCCAUGUGUGAGGAUGGGUUUUCUAGUCCUGCAGCUGCCAACAGUGGGAAAACACCUAGAGAAGCGUUGACUUCUGCUGUGGGUCAGAGCCUGGCUGCUGAAAAUCAGAAUUCAGAUCAGAACACGUCUGUUGCUGAUGCACCACUGCCACCCAACCUUACUGAUAUUCAAGAUCCAGCAGACCUGGAGUCAGUGGUUUUGGAGGAGAGUCCUGAACAAGCCUCACAUCCUGCAGCUAGUGUGCAGCAAGCAUGGGAGCAAGAAGCCCAACAGCAAAUGCCACCUGAGGGCGGUAUAAUACCAACAUGUGCCAAGGAGGUUGAAAAAAGUCCAGAGAAACCAGCUGAAUCGUCUGCGGGUUUAGCCCAGAAUGAGGAGCCCCUGUUUCUGAAGAUUUGCUCACCAGCCCAUCGGCGCACUGCUGCCCUAGCAGUCCUCUCUGCCCAGUCCUCCAUGGAUGAAUCAUCCUCCUCUCUGGCCUCUCGCUCACGAUCCGUCUCACCUCUGCGCACUAAGCACCAGCAUGCCCUCCUCAUUGGUCUCUCCACGGGCAUGUUUGAUGCCAACAACCCAAAGAUGCUGCGUACGUGCUCUUUACCAGACCUCAGUCGACUCUUCAGUCCUCAGCAGGACGCUGCAGUGACCAACGAGACAAGUGCAGCCCCAGAAAACAACUUGGAGAUCGAGGACCUGGAGGAGGGACCCAAAGAUGAUGACCAGUCAGAAGCUGAGGAUGCAUAUGAAGACGAAGAUCUGCGAGACAUCAGGGCCUCUAUGGAGAGACUGCUGCAGGAGGAAGGCGACAUCACAAGGAGCCUUCCGGAUGAUGGAGCCGGAGACUUCAAUGGAAAUCCUCCAGAGGAUGGAGACCACGAGCUUUUCAACACGAUUGCAGCUGAUAUCGAUCGGGACAACGAUCAGAUGGCAGUAGACGACGACGACGAUGAAGAAGACGACGAAGAGGAUGAAGAUGAGGAUGAGGACGAGGAAUGCUCUAAUGGGAGUCCCGCUGAUGAAGAGGCUGGGGAGUUGCUUUCUAAUGGUGUGGGAGAGGAGCACCACAGUAAUAACAAGCAGCUCAAUGAAGAGUGGCAUUCAGAUGGCAGUGGAGAGGACCAGGGUGGAGAGACUGAGCAUCAUGACAGCAUCUUCAGUCGUCUGGAAGAACUUCGCUUCAACCUGGAGCAACAGAUGGGUUUUGAGAAGUUUAUUGAAGCCUACAACAAGAUUAAGGCUAUACAUGAAGAUGAAGAUGAGAAUAUUGAACUGGGCUCCAGUUUGGUCUUCAGCAUCCUUGGAACUGAGCAUCAGCAUCUGUAUCCCAACAUUCUUCAUCUAGUGAUGGCAGACGGAGCAUAUCAGGAAGAUAAUGAUGAAUAGCAUUUUGUGUGAUGGAGCUGCUGGCAGUGGUGACAAUCUGCUAGCCAUUUGAUGUCUUCCCACAAUUCACAUCUCUGGCAGAAGGAUCUAUGCAUGAAAGUGUGGAAGCCGCACAUCUUAACAGUGUUUCAGGCACAUGUGCAUGAUAUAUAACCGGAACACUUGAGACUGCGUUUCGUUCUUUGACUAUCAGCACCUGGAGCUCUUUUUCUAACCGGUGUUCAUUCAGAAGUGCAUUAUCACAUCUGUGUUCCUGUUAACCAAAGUUCAUUUCAAGCUACUUCAAAUGUUUAUGGCAUUCUACGUCUGCAAAUGAAUGACACACAUAUGUAAUGGCACUUAUAUGUGUAAACUGUUCUGUUUACUCUUUACUGUUGGUUCUUCAGUGGCAUUUUGUUGUGGCGGAUAAGAUCUGGUCCUCUCAGGUGCUCUCAUUCUGUGUUAUGUUCAACUACAGCUUCAGAUUACAAAUCAGGUUACCCUCAACAAACACACAAAAACAGGUGAACCUCCUUUACUUACAAGACUUUUCAUCAAACCAGAAGUUAAAUCUUAUCUAAUACAUUUUCCACAUUUCUUACUUUUUCAGUUUACUCAGAUUAAAUUUAAAGGUAUUUGUGAGUGAGAUGUUGGAUGUUGCCAUGGUACUGUAGCAAUACUGGCGCGUGUGAUGUUUGGGCCCAGUCAGACUGAAUCAGAGUUGUCCUAAUGGUAUAACCUAUCGUUUAGAUGCUACUAAUAAUUUAUGUUUGGUUAUAAAUUAAAUGCUGUAAAUCUUUUUAUGGAAUAAAAACUUUUUUAAGAACUUAAA